AUGCAUUUUGCCAAGAAGCACAAUAAGAAGGGCUUCCAGAAGAUGCAAGCAAACAAUGCCAAGGUCAUGAAUGCAUGCACCAAGGCUAUCAAGGCCUUUGUCAAGCCCAAGGAGGUCAAGCUUAAAAUCACCCCAAAGGUAGUAAACUACAAGCUCACUCGACUUGCUUACAUUGCCCACCCCAAGUUGGGGAAGCAUAUCUGUGACUGCAUUGCCAACUGUUGCAGGUCUUGCCAGCCAAAGGCCCAGGCUCCAGCCAAGGCUCAGUCUCCAGCUUCUGAUCCAGCAAAGGCCCAGGCUCCAGUUUCUGCUCCAGCCAGGAGCCAGUCUUCAGCUUCUGCUCCAGUCUAG